CUGAGUGAGGCUGACACUCACUACACCCCCUUUCCCCCUGAGUGAGGCUCAGGUCGCUACUGUACAGGGAUGAGAGGAGACCUGCCAUCUAUAGUGGAUCUUGAACUUCUCCUGGCUGCGUGCUGACAGCAGUCAUGUGCUGACUGACCACCACUCACACUCACCCACUGAGUGGGUACCCAACCACAAUAAAGGCACAUAACAAAGCCCUCCAUCCUUCCACCUCCUCCCUCAGGGAGGUGAGAGACCCAGCCAUGGAGAGGAGGGAGGAGCAGAACCUGGAAUUCACCAUGGACAAUGUGGAAAAGGCUCUUCACCAAUUAUAUUACGAUCCCAACAUUGAAAACAAGAACCUGGCACAGAAAUGGUUAAUGCAGGCACAGGUCUCUCCACAGGCCUGGCAUUUCAGUUGGCAGUUACUGAAUGGUGGCAAAGUGCCUGAAAUCCAAUACUUUGGGGCCAGCGCCCUUCAUAUCAAGAUCUCCCGUUACUGGGGGGACAUCCCCGCGGAGCAGUAUGAAAGUCUGAAAACGCAGCUCUUUGCUCAGAUAUCUACCUUUGCCAGCGGUUCUAAGAUUGUACUUACUCGACUUUGUGUGGCAUUGGCUUCCUUGGCACUCAAUAUGAUGCCGGACACUUGGCCGCAUGCGGUUCCUGACAUGGUUCAGGUGUUUCAGGCAGAGGGCGGGCAGGCUGACUGUGGAGCGCGUUGCCUGGCGCUCCUGGAGUUGCUCACAGUGCUUCCCGAAGAAUUUCAGACAAGCCGACUUCCGCCAUAUCGGAAGAGUCAAGUACGCAGCUGCCUGGCACAAGAGUGCGCCUGCGUGUUCCCCCUGUUACGGCAACUGUUGCAGCAGAGUGACUCUCCAGGAUUUGUCAAGCAGAAAGUCCUAAAAUGUUUUUCUAGUUGGGCGCAACUGGGAAUUGCUCUGACAGAGUGUGAAGGUUUGACCUUGGCUGCAUUCUCCGCACUUCGAGAUCCUGAACUCUUUGAUUCUGCCGUGGAGUCCUUGGUCAACACCAUCUCCCAGCCGGACGCACAAAGGUAUGUGAACACCUUGCUUAAACUGAUCCCACAUGCUUUGGGCCUUCAAGAUCAGCUGCAUCAAGCCGUACAGAAUGGAGACAUUGAGACGUCGCAUGGCAUCUGCCGGAUUGUCGUAGCACUGGGAGAAAAUCAUUCUCGGGCUCUCCUGGAGCAGGUGGAUCACUGGCAGAGUUUCCUGGCCUUGGUCAAUAUGAUCAUGUUUUGCACAGGAAUACCAGGACAUUACCCCGUGAAUGAGACCACCAGCUCUCUCACCUUAACGUUCUGGUAUACUUUGCAGGAUGAUAUCCUGUCAUUUGAAACUGAAAAACAGGCAGUAUACCUGCAAGUAUACCGCCCUGUGUACUUCCAACUAGUGGAUGUGCUGCUGCAGAAAGCACAGUUUCCAACAGAUGAAGAGUAUGCUACUUGGUCGUCUGAUGAAAAGGAGCAGUUUCGCAUUUAUCGGGUGGAUAUUUCAGACACGUUGAUGUACGUCUACGAAAUGCUGGGAGCAGAGCUGCUCAGUAACUUGUAUGAUAAACUAGGACGCCUUCUCACUUCCUCUGAGCAACCGACAUCGUGGCAGCACACAGAAGCAUUAUUGUAUGGCUUCCAGUCCAUCGCUGAGACCAUUGAUGUUAAUUAUUCAGAUGUGGUUCCAGGGCUGAUUGGCCUCAUCCCGAGGAUCAACAUAAACAACGUGCAGCUUGCGGACACAGUCAUGUUUACAAUAGGUGCGCUGGCAGAGUGGCUCGCAGAUCAUCCAGUAAUGAUCAGUAAGGUUUUGCCGUUGGUACUACAUGCGUUGGGAAAUCCAGAACUGUCCAUUUCCAGUGUGUCUACCUUGAAAAAGAUCUGUCGAGAAUGCAAAUACGAUCUGCCGCAGUACGCAUCUAACAUCGUGGCAGUGUCUCAGGAAGUACUCUUGAAGCAGAUUCACAAGACCAGUCAGUGCAUGUGGCUGAUGCAAGCCCUGGGAUUCCUGCUGUCUGCGCUGCAAGUAGAGGAGAUUCUCAGCAAUUUACAUUCUCUGAUCACCCCGUACAUACAGCAGCUGGAGAAACUGGCAGAUGAAACGCCGAAUCCCUCCAACAAACUGGCCAUUAUUCACAUCCUAGGGCUCCUUUCUAACCUUUUCACAACUCUGGACAUCAGUCACCACGAUGAUGACCAUGAAGCAGCAGAGGUGAAGAAACUGCCUGUGGUGCAGGGACCAAACCCAGUGGUGCUGGUCCUGCAGCAGGUUUUCCAGCUCAUCAGGAAGGUUUUAGGCACCUGGCUGAAUGACGCUCAGGUGGUGGAGGCUGUGUGCGCCAUCUUUGAGAAGUCUGUGAAAACACUGCUGGAUGACUUUGCGCCCAUGGUUCCCCAGCUGUGUGAAAUGCUAGGCCAGAUGUACAGCACAAUCCCACAAGCCUCAGCCAUCGAUCUCACCCGGCAGAUGGUCCACAUCUUCGCCCAUGAGCCAGCUCACUUCCCUCCAAUUAAGGCGCUCUUCCUGCUCGUCACCUCACUGACGCUGUCCCUUUUUCAGCAAGGACCCAGGAACCAUCCUGAUAUUGUUGAUUCAUUUAUGCAACUCCUGGCACAGGCUUUGAAACGCAAGCCGUGCCUCUUCUUGUCCAGCGAGCUGGAUGUCAAGGCUGUCUUUCAGUGCGCUGUUAUCUCCUUAAAGUUUCCAGAGACUCCCACUGUCCGUUCUAGCUGCGCUUUUUUUACCGAGUUUCUGCCUCGUUGUGGAGAACUUCCGCCUGUGGGUCAGGUAGUUCAUGAAGAUGGAAAGAUUCUCCUUCAAGCCACAUUAGAGGGGAUUGGAGGACAAGCAUCACGAAAUGUCAUGGAUAAUUUUGCAGACAUUCUUUUCUGCCUCAACAAGAAUUGCUUUUCAUAUCUCGUGGCGUGGCUGAAAGAAGUGAUGCAGCAGGACGGUGUACCCUCGCCACGCCUCACGCAGGCACAGAAAGACAACUUCAGCCAGCAGAUUGUGAGGGAGCGUGUGAAUAAGCGACGGGUGAGAGAUAUGGUGAAGGAGUUUACCCUUCUGUGCCGCGGACUGCAUGGGACCGAGUACACUGCAGACUACUGAGCAACCAUGCAGCACAUCCCGCGGAGUGAAUGGCAAAUGCCUGAUCUGCCUGGCAAAUCCUCCCAUGAGUCCAGACUGCUUUGAGCUGCUCAGUACCUAAACCCUCACCUAAAGAUUGAUUUAUUUUUUUUUUCAUUUUGUUUUUGUUUUAGAAGUAACAGCUGCUGGCGCGCUCUCCAUUUUAACCCUUUGUGCUGCUAGAGUGCCCAUUAACGCUGGAGGGACAAGAUCAGAGCAAACUAUUGCCAUUCCUGAUCUGGGGUUUCAUGGACUGUCUGUAAUUCUCACUUCCUGGUGGAGACUGUUUGACAUGAUUUGGUGAAAGUUCCAGGGAAUUGUCAUGGGAUGAUACUGGUGUCAUGGAUUGCUGCAUGUAACACAUAUACAGAGACCCGGAGCCCUGGAGUGUGAUCUCAGCCAUUUCAAGAGUAUACUGUAUUUGCUGCUUCCUUUUUGAUAAGGUCGAGGAGCAUGUACAAUGAUUUUAAUCCGUCUUCUCUUCAUACGCUGAAAAAAAGGAUUCAGAAUGACAUCUGUGUCUGAGCUGUUAACCGGUUCAUGUGGAUUACAACUAGCAAAGAGGAGGGAUAUUUUAUCAAUUCUGUGUUUUGAACCCAGGGGGAUAUAAACUGAAAAAGAAAAUAAUCAGUGUGAACUGUGAACGCAUGCCAAUCUAACCACUAUUAAAGCAGCUGUUAUUCUUUAUUAUUUUAUUUACCAGCAUAAAGCCACUUAAAGAAUGAAAGAAUGAUGGCUUCCAUUUGGUUUUGCUUUGUAUUUAUUUUCCUUUUCCCCCAUAUUCCUGUAGCUGUUCAGGUGCCAAAAGAGAUGCUCAUUUAAUUGGGUAAUAAUCUGUUAAACAUAUGGCACGUAGGGAGUAACAUGGUUAAUUCGGUUAAAAAAGGAGAGUCCCUGAGGGACCCAAAGUAAAAAGGCACUGUUUCCCAAUUCCUUCUCGCUGUAGGUCUGAUUUGCUCCUUACCUGUAAAGUUUUCUACUGGUAGAUGUAAUAUUCCUGUAUGUGUUAAUGGCUCUCACUCAUGGGGGUAAAGCACAGCUAAAGACAGAAUUGUUCUUAUUAUUAAAUAUUCUUGGAUCGU